GCCUUGGCACUCAGGAUUCUACUUGCAGUGUGGCCACAGACAACUCUCCAAAGAGUCAAUUCCCUUGAAUUCUGACUCAAGUGUCUUUGGCCGGAACUGAGAAUGGACAACAGGGUACAUGCGUUGUAUUUGUAAACAAAGAACAUCCCCUCACAAAGUGCAUGGUUUUGUGCAGACGUGGAACAAGAGGACUGGACCUAGUACGUUGAAAGAACCCAUCACACAAACAGUGGAAAGGGAAAAGGAUAUUCAACUGAUUUUCAUGUUUCAAGGUGGAAAACCUAUAGAUAAGAGGUUUUUCCCUAGACAUUAAUAUUCUAGAAUGUUUUAGACAUUAUGGAGAAAGACAAAAUGGCCUGUAUCUGACCUUCUGGAAAAAAACCUGUGUCUUGGCAAACUCUCUCGCACACAUACUGAACGGUUGCAGAUCUUGCUGGACAUCAUUCGUCAGAACAAACAUCAGUGGCCCAUUAAAUCGGAAAGUUAUUGGGGUGUCAUGGAGAGCAUGAAUGGGUACACAGAGCCUGACAAAACUCCAUCUUCCAAUGUAUGUCGUGUGCCAAGUGCCGAGACCUUCACUACAGAAGAAGGAAGUGGAACAACGUUCCCCCAGCAGUUGCUGGGCAAAUCGCCAAUGCUUGCCAAACAAGGGUUACCAGAAAAGAAAGAUAGGAAGAGAAAAACAACACUGUCGUCCAGUCUAGAUACGGAUGAAGGCUUCCUGGAAGAAAAUGAGAGUGUGCCAAGCAAGAAAUUCAAGAAAGAUUCCUUGAAAGAUCUAGCAAAGGAUGGAAGUUCGAAACAUGGACCUUCCCUCAGGACCGCCUCUCCUGGAAAUUCUCCCCUGGAUGAGACUGUUCUUUCUCCUCAGAGUGUGUCUGACAAAAGUCUGCUAUUGCCAUCGGUACCAGAACGUGCCCAGGACGACCCACAACACGAUCAAGACCAAUUGUGCCUUGACUCUCACCCAGAGCAACUGCAGCAGGGCUUCCCCAAUUUGGGAAACACCUGUUACAUGAACUCAAUUUUACAGUCACUCUAUGCAAUUCCAUCAUUUGCUGAUGGCUUACUAGGACAAGGUAUUCCAUGGGAGAACAUUCCUUCUGACGUGCUUAUCAUGCCUUUAAGUAUGUUGCUUGCUUUGAAAGAUAUUUGUAAUCUAGAGACUAGCCAAGACCUACUCAGAGAUAUUAAAAAUGCUAUCUCAGCUGUUGCAGAAAUAUUCUCGGGCAACAUGCAGAACGAUGCUCAUGAAUUCUUAUGUCAGUGUUUAGACCAGCUGAAAGGCGAUUUUGAAAAAGUAAACACCAUUUGGAAAACGAGGAGGGAGGCUGGAGAUGAAAAUUCACCUCCAGAGUUGUUUGCUGGUGAUGCUGCCACCAAAGUGUUUGUUUGUCCAGUUGCUUCCAAUUUUGAAUUUGAAUUGCAGGACUACGUGAUUUGCAAAGCCUGUGGUCAAGUUGUUGUCGUGAUAGAGCCUGGUAAUUGUAUCUCCAUCAACCUACACCCAAAACCAAAAGCAUCUCCUUUGUCCCUUCAAAAUUGUUUUGAUCUUUUCUUUACAACAGAAGAAUGUGAGCGCCUCUGUGAAAUGUGUAACCACAAGAAGGCUGUGGUGAUGCAUAAAUUUGGCAGGCUACCCAGAGUCUUCAUUGUUCAUCUGAAACGCUACAGUUUGAGUGACACUUACGCGCUAAUGAAGGAUGACCAACAAGUUCUUAUUCCCAAAUAUUUGAGUUUAUCCUCUAAUUGCAAUGAAGACACCAGACCACCACUUCCCUUGGAUAGUAAUGCACCUGUGUUGGACCCCGAAGUACUGAACCUCACCCAAGAGGUUAAUUCUGAGAGAGUCAGCCCAUGCACAUCAUCUGUGAAGCUGACCUGGCAAUCCAGUGACUCUUCAGUUCUGCAUGUUGCACCAGACGAAGAUGCUGAACAAAACACACCUCAGAGAAUUUGGCAAGCCAGGCCAAGGAGCAGCAGCAGAGUGACCUAG